AUGAUCGAUGCGGCGUGCAAUUAUUUGAAUCUAAAUCCGUACGCGCAUCAGCAGCAGCAGCAACAGCAAGCGCAACAGCAGCAGCAGCUCACCAUGCAGCAGCAGCAACAGCAACAGCACCUGCACAUGCAGCAUCAUCACCAUCAUCACCAGCAGCAACAGCAGCAGCAACAUCAUCUCCACUUGCAGCAACAUCACAUGCAGCAGCAGCAACAGCAGCAGCAACAGCAGCAGCAGCAGCAAGCACAGGAGCAGUCACAGCAGCCCCCUCAGCCACAUGACUUCCUCAGCGCCGCCCUGCUCUCCGCCCCACCAUCCCUCUCCGGCAGCAGCUCCAGCAGCAGUUCCGGCAGCUCUCCGCUUUAUGGCUCCGGAUCCGCAUCCGCAGUGGCCCCGGGCAAGGCUCCCAUGAAGCUGGAAUUAACCUAUCCGCAGGCUUCCUCCACGGGCACUGCCUCACCCAACUCCAGCAUUCAGUCGGCGCCCUCAUCCGCCUCCGUUUCGCCCAGCAUCUUCCCCUCGCCCGCGCAAUCCUUUGCCUCCAUUUCCGCCAGUCCCACGACACCCACAACGUCCGCCAUGGCGGCACCAACGGGAGCGGGUUCAGGUGCGGGCGCAAGUGGACCGGUGGCCACUUCAUCCUCAUCAUCAUCCGCGUCAUCCUCAUCCUCGGCCUCAUCGCCCACGUCCGCUGCAUCGGCAGCAGCGGCGGCGGCAGCAGCAGCAGCGGCAGCAGCGGAUUUGGGAGCAGCAGCGGUGGCCAGUGCCGCCUAUGGAUGGAAUACCGCAUACUCUGGACUAGGACCGGCAAGAAGCCAGUUCCCAUACGCUCAAUAUGCCUCCGAUUAUUAUGGCAAUGCCGUGGGCAUGUCCUCCUCCGCCGCCUGGUUCUCCCACCAGGAGCGUUUGUACCAGCCCUGGAGUUCGCAGAGUUAUCCGGGCUUCAAUUUCGAUGACAUUGCCUUCCAGACGCAAUUGCAGCGCCGGUCUGUGCGUUGCACAUGCCCCAAUUGCACCAACGAGAUGAGCGGCCUGCCCCCGAUUGUGGGUCCCGAUGAGCGGGGUCGGAAGCAGCACAUUUGCCACAUUCCCGGCUGCGAACGGUUGUACGGAAAGGCCUCGCACUUGAAGACUCACCUGCGGUGGCACACGGGCGAGCGACCGUUCCUCUGCCUCACCUGUGGCAAGCGAUUCUCCCGCUCCGAUGAGCUGCAGCGGCACGGAAGGACGCACACCAACUACCGGCCCUAUGCCUGUCCCAUCUGCUCCAAGAAGUUCUCCCGCAGCGAUCACCUGAGCAAGCACAAGAAGACCCAUUUCAAGGAUAAGAAGAGCAAGAAGGCCCUGGCGGCGGAGGCCAAGGAGCAGGCAGCGGCGGCCAUCAAGCAGGAGAAGAAGGAUAAGAAAUCCAGUAAAUCGCUGGCUCCCUCACCCAUUGAGUUCAAGCAGGAGCAGCCGGAGCAAGUUGCUCCUCUGGUCAACUACACACCAUAUGCCAAUCUCUAUCAGCAGGCGGCAGCGGCGGCGAAUCCACCGCCACCGCCACCACCGCUCUUCCAGCAGCAACAGCAACAGCAGCAACAGCAGCAGCAACAGCAGCAGCAGCAGCAGCAGGCUGCCCAGCAAAUUUCCAGCUAUGAACCAUGGAGCAGCCGUGCCAUACAGCCAGUCACUACCUCAGCGAAUUCCUCCGGCGUGUCCUCCAGCGCCACAGCAGCAGCCGCUGUAACCCGCUCCAGUUCCGGAUCAGCUUCCUCACCCUCGGCAUCCGCCACCGUGCUGGCCCAGCAUCAUUAUGCCGCUCUGGCCAUGCAAAGUGAAUCCCAACUGGCGGCGGAAUACGGUCUGACCAUGAGCGGUCUGGCCAGUGGAGCGAGUCAGGACUCUAGCUCCAGUUGCCACAUGAAAUCCGAAUAUGCGGCAAGUUAUCCGCCGGAGUUUGGUGCAAGUACCGCCGGCUACGGGUAUCCGCAUCCGCAUCCGCAUCAUCACAAUGCCUGGGCAGCGGCCUAUCAUCCGCAUGCCACCGCCUAG